ACAUCGUGGGCACGGCCCGCCCGGAUGAGAAGGCCAUCAUGACCUACGUAUCUAGCUUCUACCACGCCUUCUCUGGUGCUCAAAAGGUAUCCCAGGAUGCAACGCUCCCCCUCCUCCUCACCUCACUCCACCACUCCCCUGGUUCGGUCCCUGCUCCCCUGUCUGUCUGUCUGUCUGUCUGUCUUUCCGUGUUUCCGUGUGUCUGUCCGUUUAUCCGUCUGUCUGUCUCAUCUAACCCUAACCCUUCUCUCUGCAGUGCACCGCCUCACCUCGCCCCACAGGGGGCGCCGGUCACCCUCUUCCUCUUUCUGCAUGGUUCACAGUUUCACACCUCCAUAUGUAUGAUGGGAAAAUACUACUUUGUCUCUGUUGCUAUGAUAACGGCACCAGCCAGCCAGUCAGACCAGUCAGACCAGCCAGGCCAGUCUCCAGACAGUCUCCAGUCAGUCAGACCAGCCAGUCUCCAGCCAGUCUCCAGUCAGUCAGACCAGUCAGUCUCCAGCCAGUCUCCAGUCAGUCAGACCAGUCAGUCUCCAGCCAGUCUCCAGUCAGACCAGUCAGUCUCCAGUCAGACCAGUCAGUCUCCAGUCAGACCAGUCAGUCUCCAGUCAGACCAGUCAGUCUCCAGCCAGUCUCCAGUCAGUCAGACCAGUCAGUCUCCAGCCAGUCUCCAGUCAGACCAGCCAGUCUCCCGCCAGUCUCCAGCCAGUCUCCAGCCAGUCUCCAGUCAGACCAGCCAGUCUCCAGUCAGUCAGACCAGUCAGUCUCCAGCCAGUCUCCAGUCAGACCAGUCAGUCUCCAGCCAGUCUCCAGUCAGACCAGUCAGUCUCCAGUCAGACCAGUCAGUCUCCAGUCAGACCAGUCAGUCUCCAGUCAGACCAGCCAGUCUCCCGCCAGUCUCCAGCCAGUCUCCAGUCAGACCAGUCAGUCUCCAGUCAGACCAGCCAGUCUCCAGUCAGUCAGAACAGUCAGUCUCCAGCCAGUCUCCAGUCAGUCAGACCAGUCAGUCUCCAGCCAGUCUCCAGUCAGACCAGUCAGUCUCCAGUCAGUCAGAACAGUCAGUCUCCAGCCAGUCUCCAGUCAGUCAGACCAGUCAGUCUCCAGCCAGACUCCAGUCAGACCAGCCAGUCUCCAGUCAGUCAGAACAGUCAGUCUCCAGCCAGUCUCCAGUCAGUCAGACCAGUCAGUCUCCAGCCAGUCUCCAGUCAGACCAGUCAGUCUCCAGUCAGACCAGUCAGUCUCCAGUCAGACCAGUCAGUCUCCAGCCAGUCUCCAGUCAGUCAGACCAGUCAGUCUCCAGCCAGUCUCCAGUCAGACCAGCCAGUCUCCCGCCAGUCUCCAGCCAGUCUCCAGCCAGUCUCCAGUCAGACCAGCCAGUCUCCAGUCAGUCAGACCAGUCAGUCUCCAGCCAGUCUCCAGUCAGACCAGUCAGUCUCCAGCCAGUCUCCAGUCAGACCAGUCAGUCUCCAGUCAGACCAGUCAGUCUCCAGUCAGACCAGCCAGUCUCCAGUCAGUCAGACCAGUCAGUCUCCAACCAGUCUCCAGUCAGACCAGUCAGUCUCCAGUCAGACCAGUCAGUCUCCAGUCAGACCAGCCAGUCUCCCGCCAGUCUCCAGCCAGUCUCCAGUCAGACCAGUCAGUCUCCAGUCAGACCAGUCAGUCUCCAGUCAGUCUCCAGUCAGUCUCCAGUCAGACCAGCCAGUCUCCAGUCAGUCAGACCAGUCAGUCUCCAGCCAGUCUCCAGUCAGACCAGUCAGUCUCCAGUCAGACCAGUCAGUCUCCAGCCAGUCUCCAGUCAGACCAGUCAGUCUCCAGCCAGUCUCCAGUCAGUCAGACCAGCCAGACUCCAGCCAGUCUCCAGUCAGACCAGCCAGUCUCCAGUCAGUCAGACCAGUCAGUCUCCAGCCAGUCUCCAGUCAGACCAGCCAGUCUCCAGUCAGUCAGACCAGCCAGACUCCAGCCAGUCUCCAGUCAGUCAGACCAGUCAGUCUCCAGCCAGUCUCCAGUCAGACCAGCCAGACUCCAGCCAGUCUCCAGUCAGUCAGACCAGUCAGUCUCCAGCCAGUCUCCAGUCAGACCAGUCAGUCUCCCGCCAGUCUCCAGUCAGACCAGCCAGACUCCAGCCAGUCUCCAGUCAGUCUCCCGUCAGUCUCCAGUCAGACCAGUCAGUCUCCAGCCAGUCUCCAGUCAGACCAGCCAGUCUCCAGACAGACGCUCAAAUCACUUUACGUUGCAAGGGGGGAUAAACUCACCUCACCUCAGCUACCACCAAUGUGUACUGGUGACGGUCACCUUUGAGUGGGUCAUGUUUUCAUUGAAUCUCUAAAUAGAUGUGAUCUAGAUAUGAGACAUAGUUGUACUGUGUGAGAUCCACUGGUUGUUCCUACAGUGGUUGUUGUCUCUAUCUCUAUGCUAAAACAUUGUGAUUUGAGUUGGGUGGUGUUUUUAAUUGGAUCUCAACACAUAGAUGUUGUGUACGUGUGACACCCUUAGUCUCCACAAUGUUAGAUGAUUGUCUCAGAGUAAGAUGAGGACUUCCUAGUGUGUGGUACAUCUAGAAACAAGAUUCUGUUAAGCGUGUGUUCCAUUUCUUCUUCUCUGAUAACUGAGAGGAGCACAGAGGAGAGGGCUGCAGUUAUAUGAGGUCAUUUCACUGGAGAGAAGACGAGCAGACCAGAACAGAAGAGCACAUUGCAGCACACACACACACAACACGCACACACACACACACACCACACACACACACACACACACACGCACACACCACACACACACACACACAUUAAGCAGCACACACACACACACCACACACACUACCGCACACAACACCACACACACCACACCACACACACACACACACACACACACACACACACCCCACCACACACACACGCUUGCACACACACACACACACACACCACACACACACACACACACACACACCACACACACGCCACACACCACUCCAUACAUCACACCACACACACACCACACACACAUUCAGUCACACACACCACACCACACCCAUUACAGAUCACACACACACACACACACUCACACACACGCACACACACCACACACACACACACACACACACACACCAUGCACACACACACACACACACACACACACAUUGCAGCACACCACACACACACAACCACAUUGCAGCACCACACACAAAACCACCAUUCAGCACACACCCACCCACACACCACACCACACCCCACACCACGCACACCACACCCACUCAGCCACACACACACACACACACACAAAAUUGCAGCACCACACACCACACCACAUUGCAGCACACACACACACACAUUACAGCACACACACACACACACACACACACACACACACACACGCACGCACGCACGCACACACACACACAUUGCAGCAGGCAGGCAGAGAGACCAGCUGUGUUUAAAAGAUGGAAAAAAGAUGAUGUGUUUCUAAUUGGAAGCGAGGACGCAGUCACUGCCUGUCUUUACUAUGGCGUGGACAAGGAGAAGAUUAGAAGGGUGUACAGGGGUCGGCAUCCCAAAUGGCACCAUAUUCCCUACAUAGUGCACUUGACCGGAGCCCAAUAGGCCGUGGUCUAAAGUAGUGCACUAUGUAGGGAAUAGGGUGCCAUUUGGGACACAAGGGAAUAGUAUGAGCAGCAUGUGGUGAUGUGAAAGUCAUCUUACAUCAGAAGACUGGACACUAUAUACAGUGAGGGAAAAAACACUAUAUAAAAACCAGAAUUACAUCAGAUGAUGUAUGCACACACGACUGUAAAUCGCUUUGGAUAAAAGCGUCUGCUAAAUGGCAUAUUAUAUUAUUCAUAUUAUUAUGACUGGACACUACAGUGAGGGAAAAAAGUAUUUGAUCCCCUGCUGAUUUUGUAUUGUUUAGGGGCAAAUAGCAUUCUAGUUUGCGCUGUUUUUUUGUUAAUUCUUUCCAAUGUGUCAAGUCAUUAUCUUUUAGUUUUCUCAUGAUUUGGUUGGGUGGCGUGGCGGGUGCGUGCGCGUGCAUGGGGGGCGCGGGAUAUUUUGGGAACCCCUGCCCUAGGACACGCACACAUCUGUGUCCUUGGCUGUGCCUAAUGCCUGUGUACGGUAUCUCUCUGGGGUCCACCCUGAUAUAAUUACAUUUACUAGAACGGAUAAACCCAUAUGUUGAAGUGGCUUCGUCCUAUUUCUAUUGUAAUACCCAGUAUAUCUAGGAGAGCUAUGUGUACCUCGCUAGCCCACUCGUCUGUUGUACUAACUCUGAUGAAGAGAUAGAAACAUAUAGGUAGAAAGAGAGAGAGAGAGAGAGAUAUCUAGAUAUAUGGUAGCUAGAGAGAGAGAGAUAUAUCUAGAUAGAUGAUAGCUAGAGAGAGAGAGAGAGAUAUCUAGAUAGAUGAUAGCUAGAGAGAGAGAUAUCUAGAUAGAUGAUAGCUAGAGAGAGAGAGAUAUCUAGAUAGAUAAUAGCUAGAGAGAGAUAUAUAUCUAGAUAGAUGAUAGCUAGAGAGAGAGAGAUAUCUAGAUAGAUGAUAGCUAGAGAGAGAUAUAUCUAGAUAGAUGAUAGCUAGAGAGAGAGAGAGAGAUAGCUAGAGAGAGAGAGAUAUCUAGAUAGAUGAUAGCUAGAGAGAGAGAGAUAUCUAGAUAGAUGAUAGCUAGAGAGAGAGAGAGAUAUCUAGAUAGAUGAUAGCUAGAGAGAGAGAGAGAUAUCUAGAUAGAUGAUAGCUAGAGAGAGAGAGGAUAUCUAGAUAGAUGAUAGCUAGAGAGAAGAGGAUAUCUAGAUAGAUGAUAGCUAGAGAGAGAGAGAUAUCUAGAUAGAUGAUAGCUAGAGAGAGAGAGAGAUAUCUAGAUAGAUGAUAGCUAGAGAGAGAGAGAUAUCUAGAUAGAUGAUAGCUAAGAGAGAGAGAGAUAUCUAGAUAGAUGAUAGCUAGAGAGAGAGAGAUAUCUAGAUAGAUGAUAGCUAGAGAGAGAGUGAUAUCUAGAUAGAUGAUAGCUAGAGAGAGAGAGAUAUCUAGAUAGAUGAUAGCUAGAGAGAGAGAGAGAUCUAGAUAGACAGUUAGGUAUCUAGAGAGAGAGAGAAAGAGAGUUAGAUAUCUAGAUAGAGAGCGAGAAAUAGUUAGAUAUCUAGAUAGACAGGUAUCUAGAGAGAUAGGUUUAGAUAUCUAGAUAUUAUUUUAGCUUGAUUCUGCAAUGCAGCCAUGUCAUGUCUAACUCACUGACUACUGUAACAGUUCCCAUGGUGAUGAUAUAACGUAUUCCUUCCUGUUCCUCCCCCAGGCGGAGACAGCGGCCAAUCGGAUCUGCAAGGUGUUGGCUGUGAACCAGGAGAAUGAGCAGCUGAUGGAGGACUACGAGAAGCUGGCUAGUGAUGUGAGCCCUCUGUCCCUCCUCUGUCCUCCUCCCCUUAAUGUCCCUGCACCACCCUCUCUCCCACCUCUCUGCCCCCUCUCCCUGCUCCCCUCACCACCUCCUCUCCUCUCCCUGCUCCCCUCACCUCCUCCUCCUCCUUCUCCCAGUCCAGAGGCUUGUUGCUAUGACAGUGUAGAGACCGUAGAGACUCAGACCUCACCAGGUCACACCACACAGGUGACACGAUGUUCAGGGUGACAACCAAGUAUCAGAUAUAUACAACAAUAUGUUUAGGAUGUCCACCAAGUAUCAGAAAUAUACAACAAUAUGUUUAGGAUGACAACCAAGUAUAAUAAAUAUACAACACUAUGUUUAGAAUGAUAACCAAGUAUCAGAUAUAUACAACAAUAUGUUUAGGAGGACAACCAAGUAUCAGAAAUAUACAAUAUGUUUAGGAGGACAACCAAGUAUCAGAAAUAUGAUAAGUGUAAAGGCACAAAAUGAGUAGCCUGGGUACCAGAUCUGUUUGUGCCAUCAUGCCACUCCUUGAAACUCCUUGUCAUGUUUAGCAUGAUAAGGAGUGGGUGGAAUGAUACCACAAACAUAUCUGGGUCCAGGCUAACAAAUGAGAACAGCAGGUAGAAUUGUGCUCAAUGAAUUAGCUUCCUACUUUCUGACUGUGCUAAAUACAUUAGUUAUUCACUAUUAGUAACAACAUUCUCUCUCUCUCUCUCUCUCUCUCUCUCUUUCUCUCUGUCUUUCGUUCUUUCUUUCUCUCUCUCUGUCUCUUUCACUCUUUCACUCUCUCUCUCUCUCUCUCUCUCGCUCUCUCGCGCUCUCUCUCUCUCUCUCUCCAUUCCCUUUCUCAUUGUUUUAACCUCACCUUUACCACUCCUUGUUUGCCCUUGCUGCCCCAUUAUACCUGCACUGUCUGUCCCCUCUCCCUGAAUCACAGCUCUUGGAGUGGAUCCGUCGCACCAUCCCCUGGCUGGAGAACCGUGCCCCAGAGAACACCAUGCAGGCUAUGCAGCAGAAGCUGGAGGACUUCAGGGACUAUCGCCGCCAACACAAACCCCCAAGGUUUGAUUCCCGCUGGGGGCCAACGCCCACUUGGAUUGUUAUAAUCGUGUCACUAAUUCCUUAUUCUGUAUUUUGUGUUGUAUGAAGGAGGGUUGACCUUUUAAAAGAGACAACGGUUUAAUAAUAAUACGAAAAAUGUAUGCAAGUGUUGACUGUUAAAUGAUGUGUGUUUUUACUAUGAUAUUAAGGUCCAGGAGAAGUGCCAGCUGGAGAUUAACUUCAACACCCUGCAGACCAAGCUGAGGCUGAGCAACAGGCCUGCCUUCAUGCCUUCUGAGGGGAAGAUGGUGUCAGUAUGUAGCCUAGUUGGUAUACUACAUAGUGCACUAAACACAUACCUCUCUGCUCGCUCCCUAUUAAUCUCUCUCUCUCUCUCUCUCUCUUAUCUAUCUAACUCUCUCUCUCUACCCACCUCUCUCUUCUAGCUCUCUAACUCUCCUCUUGCUGUCUUAUGAUCGCCCCCCCAACUCUCGUAUUCUUCUCGGAUGUCUCGCUCUCGACCCCUAGCUAGCAAAGUGAGGGAGAGAGAGAGAGAGAAUGAAGAGAGAGAGAAAGAGAGGGAGAGGAGGGAGAGGAGCGAGAGAGAGAGGAGAGAGAGAGAAAGAGAGAGAAAGAGAGAAGAGAGAGAGGAGAGGAGAGAGAGAGAGGAGAGACGAGAAAAGAGAGAGACGGAGAGCAGAAGAGAGAGAGAAGGAUAGGAGAUAGGGGAGAGAAGAGAGCGAGAGAGAAAAGAGAGAGCAAGCCAUCUUUUUCUAAUCAUUUCUCUACCCUUCUUUCCUCUCUCUUGUCUCACAUGCUUCUCGUCUACCACGCUGCUGAUUGAUGAUGAUGUGGAUCCGUUUGGUGGUGGUUACAGUUGUCUAGUUCAGUAGAAACUGGGAAAAGGGAAAACCUGCAACUCACUGAAAUAUUCUUUAAGUUUUUAAGUUUCUAUAUUCUUUAGCAGCACAAGCCGAGGUCCAACUCUAUUUCUGUGCAGGACGUCUCUAACGCGUGGGGCGGUCUGGAGGGGGCGGAGAAGGGUUAUGAGGAGUGGCUCCUCAACGAGAUCCGUCGGCUUGGAGAGACUCGACCACCUGGCCGAGAAGUUUAGGCAGAAAGCAGCCAUCCACGAAACCUGGACUGAAGGUACCAGAGCAAGGCUAAGCACUUCUAUUUCCUUUUGAUCAUUUUAAUUGAAAACAAACAUUAUAAGUGACCUUAAGGGGCAAUCCGCAGUUAAAACAAUAACAAAACUCUUCCUCGCCACUGUUUCGGCCACUCGCCAAUUCAUAUACAUAGCUAUGGAUUUAAGGACUGAUCAUCCAUGAUAUCAACAUUUUAGUUUUAACCAUGUUUUGAGAAUAUAUAGUGUUAUAUUUGUAUUUAUUAUUAAUUUUUUUAGAGAGUAGAUCAGCUUUAAUAUUGCAGAUAGAUUGUGGCUUCCAUCAACGUAAUUGUCCGCAUCAUUUCCAAUCCCCCAUAUAUUUUUUUGGGGUCAAUAUAUUUAUAUAUACAGUACCAGUCAAAAGUUUGGACACACCUAUUAAUUCAAGGGUUUUUCAAUAUUUUUACUAUGUUCUACAUUGUAGAAUAAUAGUGAAGACAUCGAAACUAUUAAAUAACAUGUAUGGAACAUGUAGUAACCAAAAAAGUGUUAAACAAAUCAAAAUAUAUUUUAGAUUUGAGAUUCUUCAAAUAGCCACCCUUUGCCUCGAUGACAGCUUUGCACACUCUUGGCAUUCUCUCAACCAGCUUCAUGAGGUAGUCACCUGGAAUGCAUUUCAAUUAACAGGUGUGCCUUCUUAAAAGUUAAUUUGUGGAAUUUCUUUCCUUCUUAAUGCGUUUGAGCCAAUCAGUUGUGUUGUGACAAGGUAGGGGUGGUAUACAGAAGAUAGCCCUAUUUGGUAAAAGACCAAGUCCAUAUUAUGGCAAGAACAGCUCAAAUAAGAAAAGAGAAACAACAGGCCAUUAUUACGUUAAGACAUGAAGGUCAGUCAAUACGGAACAUUUCAAGAACUUUGAAAGUUUCUUCAAGUGCAGUCGCAAAAAACAUCAAGCGCUAUGAUGAAACUGGCUUUCAUGAGGACCCGCCACAGGAAUGGAAGACCCAGAGUUUACCUCUGCUGCAGAGGAUAAGUUCAUUAGAGUUACCAGCCUCAGAAAUUGCAGCCCAAAUAAAUGCUUCACAGAGUUCAAGUCACAGACACAUCUCAACAUCAACUGUUCAGAGGAGACUGUGUGAAUCAGGCCUUCAUGGUCGAAUUGCAGCAAAGAAACCACUACUAAAGGACACCAAUAAGAAGAAGAGACUUGCUUGGGCCAAGAAACACGAGCAAUGGACAUUAGACUGGUGGAAAUGUGUCCUUUGAUCUGGAGUCCAAAUUGGAGAUUUUUGGUUCCAACCGCCAUGUCUUUGUGAGACGCGGUGUGGGUGAACGGAUGAUCUCUGCAUGUGAAUUUCCCACCGUAAAGCAUAGAGGAGGAGGUGUUAUGGUGUGGGGGUGCUUUGCUGGUGACACUGACUGAUUAUAUAGAAUUCAAGGCACACAUAACCAGCAUGGCUACCACAGCAUUCUGCAGCGAUACGCCAUCCCAUCUGGAUUGGGUUUAGCGGGACAAUAAUUUGGUUUUCAACAGGACAAUGACCCAACACACCUCCAGGCUGUGUAAGGGCUAUUUAACAUGAAGGAGAGUGAUGGAGUGCUGCAUCAGAUGACCUGGCCUCCACAAUCCCCCGAUCUCAACCCAAUUGAGAUGGUUUGGGAUGAGUCGGACCGCAGAGUGAAGGAAAAGCAGCCAACAAGUGCUCAGCAUAUGUGGGAACAACUUCAAGACUGUUGGAAAAGCUUUCCAGGUGAAGCUGGUUGAGAGAAUGCCAAGAGUGUGCAAAGCUGUCAAGGCAAAGGGUGGCUAUUUGAAGAAUCUCAAAUAUAAAAUAUAUUUAGAUUUGUUUAACACUUUUUUGGUUACUACAUGAGUUUUGAUGUCUUCACUAUUAUUCUACAAUGUAGAAAAUAGUAAAAAUAAAGAAAAACCCUUGAAUGAGUAGGUGUGUCCAAACCUUUGACUGGUACUGUAUAUAAAAAAUAUAUAUAAUAUAUAUAUAUAUAUAUAAAUAAAUAUAUAAAAAAUCCUGUUUAUCCUAUUUUCCAUAAUUAACAAAUAAUAUUCGUAAAAAUGUAGGCAGGUCAUGCAAAGGAUUGUUACCUCUAACCAUCACAAAAAUUACAUUUUUGGCAAGCAAUUAUUAUUUUAGCAAAAACUGGCAAAAUUGGAAGAUUUGAUGAACCAUUGUCAAUUCCUAAGUGAUGGAGAUCAGAUCCACCCCCUUCCCCUGAAACACACACACGCUGGUCCCCCGUUGUAACCAUUUUCCCAAGCAUCUCCGUGCAGUCAGACCUUUUGAUUAUUUUGUGCCACCAGGGCCACAAUAAUAUGCCCCCUUCUCCGAUUGUCCGAGUGUGACCCCCUCCCCAUGGGUUACUGCAGCCAGUGUUGCCAGCACUGCCACUACCUGGGUGGGGGCACCCCACCGGAAUCCCCACCGGCUAGGUAAAAGGUCGUCAAGGUUCUCAUUAGCAGCUUUGAGAAUUUCCUUGUAUAUAAUGCUCUCCCACCCGGGGGCUCUGGCUUUAUAGGACCAACCCUGACAGGCAGGCUCAGAAACUUGAGGGGGCGGUGCUGCUUUAGUGGGUCUCUGACCACAUCCAUCUUUCUGUCUCGGCUGUGUGUAGGCUACUUACAGUAGGUCCAUUAAACAGAUAAGGACUAUACACUGUUUGUUUACAUUUACUUUGUUUACAAACAUUGAAGUAAAAACAAGCUUCUAUUUUGGGUUCUGAUGGGGUACGCCAGUUGAACUUAGCUCAUGAGACAUUUCUAAGUUAUAUUUAUCAAGAAUCAAUGAGUACACAUCAUUAAUUUAUACGUCCAAAACUGGAUGUACAGUAGAAACUGCAGAUUGCCCCUUUAAUUUUUACCCAUAAAUGAUUUGAUAUGGAAUUUAAGAUCACUGUGUGCAUUACAUUAAACAUGUAUCAUGUCCUCUUUUAUCUGGUUUUGUUCAACAUACUGUAGAUUCUGUAUUAGUGUACUUACUUUAUCAAUUUUCUAUUGGCCCUUUAUAUUGAUGUGUGAUGUGUGUCUCCGUCUCCCCCUGCAGGUAAGGAGGAGAUGCUGCAGGCGCGGGACUUUGAGACGGCCUCUCUGUCUGAGAUCAAGGCUCUGCUGAAGAAACAUGAGGCCUUCGAGAGCGACCUGGCUGCGCACCAGGACCGCGUAGAGCAGAUAGCUGCCAUCGCACAGGAGUUAAAGUAAGGGGGGAGGGAGGGAGAGAGGGAGGGAGGGAGUUAAAUUAAAGAGGGAUGGGUGGAGGGAGGGAUGGAGGGAGGGGUGGAGGGGUGUACAGUGAUCUGCCCGCUCACCAGGACAGAGUGGAGCAGAUAGCAGCCAUCGCAUAGGAGUUAAAGGAGGGAGGGAGGGAGGGAGGGAGGGAGGUAUACUUUGUAAGAGAUCAAUAACGGCAAAACAGAUAACCACAGUAGUAACAAUCAUCUAACUGUCCAAUUAGAAAAUCUGUGCACACUCACAGGGUUGUUUGGCAGUUUCAAUCGCUAUCUUUCCUCCACUAUCUUUACAAAGGGGAUGGUAUAACAUGGUUAUAGGGCUGUUAUAACAUGGUUAUAGGAGGGCUGUUAUAACGUGGUUAUAGGGCUGUUAUAACAUGGUUAUAGGAGGGCUGUUAUAACAUGGUUAUAGGGCUGUUAUAACAUGGUUAUAGGGCUGUUAUAACAUGGUUAUAGGAGGGCUGUUAUAACGUGGUUAUAGGGCUGUUAUAACAUGGUUAUAGUGGUUAUAACAUGGUUAUAGGGCUGUUAUAACGUGGUUAUAGGGCUGUUAUAACGUGGUUAUAGAGCUGUUAUAACGUGGUUAUAGGGCUGUUAUAACGUGGUUAUAGGGCUGUUAUAACAUGGUUAUAGAGCUGUUAUAACAUGGUUAUAGGGCUUUUAUACAGUGGUUAUAGGGUGUUAUAACAUGGUUAUAGGGCUGUUAUAACAUGUUAUAGUGGUUAUAGGGCUGUUAUAACAUGGUUAUAGGGCUGUUAUAACAUGUUAUAGUGGUUAUAGGGCUGUUAUAACAUGUUAUAGUGGUUAUAGGGCUGUUAUAACAUGGUUAUAGUGGUUAUAACAUGGUUAUAGGGCUGUUAUAACAUGGUUAUAGGGCUGUUAUAACAUGGUGGUUAUAGGGCUGUUAUAACAUUGGUUAUAGGGGUUUAACGGGGGUUAUAGGGCUGUUAUACAUGGUUAUAGGGCUGUAUAAAUGUUAUAGUGGUUAUAGGGCUGUUUAUAACUGUUAUAAGUGGUUAUAGGGCUGUUAUAACAUGGUUAUAGUGGUUAAAACCCAUGGUUAUAGGGCUGUUUAACAUGGUUAUAGGGCUGUUAAAAACAUGGUGGUUAUAGGGCUUAUAACAUGGUUAUAGUGGUUUAUAACAUGGUUAUAGGGCUGUUUAUAACGUGGUUAUAGGGCUGUUAUAACAUGGUAUAGGCUGUUUAUAACGUGGUUUAGGGCUGUUAUAACGUGGUUAUAGGGCUGUUAUAACGUGGUGGAUAGGGGCCUGUUAUCACAUGGUGGUUAUAGGGCUUGUUAUAAAACGGUUAUAGGUGCUGUUAUAACGUGUUAUAGGGCUGUUAUAACGUGGUUAUAGUGGUUUAUAACAUGGUGGUUAUAGGGCUGUUGAUAACGUGGUUAUAGGGCUGUUAUAACGUGGUUAUAGGGCUGUUAUAACAUGGUUAUAGGGCUGUUAUAACGUGGUUAUAGGGCUGUUAUAACAUGGUGGUUAUAGGGCUGUUAUACCAUGGUGGUUAUAGGGCUGUUAUAACGUGGUGGUUAUAGGGCUGUUAUAACGUGGUUAUAGGGCUGUUAUAACAUGGUUAUAGGGCUGUUAUAACGUGGUUAUAGUGCUUAUAACGUGGUUAUAGUGGUUAUAAGUUGGUUCUAGGGCGGUUUACUAACCAUGGUGGUUAUAGGGCUGUUAUACUUGGUGAUUAGGGCUGUUAUAACGGGGUUAUUAGGGCUGUUAUAACGUGGUUAUAGUGCUAUACGUGAUUUAUAGGGGCGGUUAUAAACGUGUUAUAGUUGUUAUAAACGUGGUUAUAGGGCGUGUUUUUUAUAACGUGGUUAUAGUGGUUUAUAAUUGUGGUUUAUAGGGCUGUUUAUACGUGUUUAUAGAGCUGUUUAUAACGUGGUUAUAGAGCUGUUAUAACGUGGUUAUAGGCUGUUUAUAACGUGGUUUAUAGGGCUGUUAUAACGUUGUUUAUAGUGCGUUUAUAACGUGGUUAUAGUGCUAUAACGUGAUUAUAGGGCGGUUUAUAUUGUGUUUUUAACGUGGUUAUAGGGCUGUUAUACGUGGUUAUAGGGCUGUUAUAACGUGGUUAUAGUGCUGUUAUAACGUGGUUAUAGUGCUUAUAACGUGAUUAUAGGGCGGUUAUAACGUGUUAUAGUGGUUAUAACGUGGUUAUAGGGCUGUUAUAACGUGGUUAUAGUGGUUAUAACGUGGUUAUAGGGCUGUUAUAACGUGGUUAUAGAGCUGUUAUAACGUGGUUAUAGAGCUGUUAUAACGUGGUUAUAGGGCUGUUAUAACGUGGUUAUAGGGCUGUUAUAACGUGGUUAUAGGGCUGUUAUAACAUGGUGGUUAUAGGGCUGUUAUAACAUGGUGGUUAUAGGGCUGUUAUAACAUGGUGGUUAUAGGGCUGUUAUAACAUGGUGGUUAUAGGGCUGUUAUAACGUGGUUAUAGGGCUGUAUAAACAUGGGGUUAUAGGGCUGUUUAUAACAUGGGUGGUUAUAGGGCGGUAUAACGUGUUGGUUAUAGGGCUGUUUAUAACGUGGUUAUAGGGAUGUUAUAACAUGGUUAUAGGGCUGUUAUAAUGUGGUUAUAGUGCUUAUAACGUGGUUAUAGUGGUUAUAACAUGGUGGUUAUAGGGCUGUUAUAACAUGGUGGUUAUAGGGCUGUUAUAACGUGGUGGUUAUAGGGCUGUUAUAACGUGGUUAUAGGGCUGUUAUAACGUGGUUAUAGUGCUGUUAUAACGUGGUUAUAGUGCUUAUAACGUGAUUAUAGGGCGGUUAUAACGUGUUAUAGUGGUUAUAACGUGGUUAUAGGGCUGUUAUAACGUGGUUAUAGUGGUUAUAACGUGGUUAUAGGGCUGUUAUAACGUGGUUAUAGAGCUGUUAUAACGUGGUUAUAGGGCUGUUAUAACGUGGUUAUAGUGCUGUUAUAACGUGGUUAUAGUGCUUAUAACGUGAUUAUAGGGCGGUUAUAACGUGUUAUAGUGGUUAUAACGUGGUUAUAGGGCUGUUAUAACGUGGUUAUAGGGCUGUUAUAACGUGGUUAUAGGGCUGUUAUAACGUGGUUAUAGUGCUAUAAGUGAUUAUAGGGCGGUUGGUAUAACGUGUUUAUAGUGGGUUAUAACGUGGUUUUAUAGGGCUGUUAUAACGUGGUUAUAGUGGUUAUAACGUGGUUAUAGGGCUGUUAUAACAUGGUGGUUAUAGGGCUGUUAUAACAUGGUGGUUAUAGGGCUGUUAUAACGUGGUGGUUAUAGGGCUGUUAUAACGUGGUGGUUAUAGGGCUGUUAUAACAUGGUGGUUAUAGGGCUGUUAUAACGUGGUGGUUAUAGGGCUGUUAUAACGUGGUUAUAGGGCUGUUAUAACGUGGUUAUAGUGGUUAUAACGUGGUUAUAGGGCUGUUAUAACAUGGUGGUUAUAGAGCUGUUAUAACGUGGUGGUUAUAGGGCUGUUAUAACGUGGUUAUAGGGCUGUUAUAACAUGGUGGUUAUAGGGCUGUUAUAACGUGGUGGUUAUAGGGCUGUUAUAACGUGGUUAUUAGGGCUGUUAUAACGUGGUUAUAGUGGUUAUAACGUGGUUAUAGCGGCUUGUUCUAACGUGGUUAUAGGGCUGUUAUAACAUGGUGGUUAUAGGGCUGUUAUAACGUGGUGGUAUAGGGGUUUAUAACGUGGUUAUAGGGCUGUUAUAACGUGGUUAAUAGGGCUGUUAUACGUGGGCGUUAUAGGGCGUUUUUAUAACGUGGUUAUAUGGUUAUAACGUGUGUAUAGGGCUGUUAUAACAUGGUGGUUAUAGGGCUGUUAUAACGUGGUGGUUAUAGGGCUGUUAUAACGUGGUUAUAGGGCUGUUAUAACGUGGUGUAUAGUGGGUUAUAAAACGUGGUUAUAGGGUGUUAUAACUGGUGGUUAUAGAGCUGUUAUAACGUGUGGUUAUAGGGCUGUUAUAACGUGGUGGUAUAGGGCUGUUUAUAAACAUGGUGGUUAUAGGGCUGUUAUAACGUGGUGGUUAUAGGGCUGUUAUAACGUGGUUAUAGGGCUGUUAUAACGUGGUUAUAGUGGUUAUAACGUGGUUAUAGGGCUGUUAUAACGUGGUUAAGGGCUGUAUAGAACAUGGUGGUUAUAGGGCUGGUUAUAACUGGUGGUAUAGGGCUGUUUAUAACGUGUAUAGGGCUGUUAUAAACGGUGGGUUAUAGGGAUGGUUAUAACGUGGUGGUUAUAGGCUUUAUAACGUGGUUAUAGUGGUUAUAACGUGGUUAUAGGGCUGUUAUAACAUGGUGGUUAUAGGGCUGUUAUAACGUGGUGGUUAUAGAGCUGUUAUAACGUGGUUAUAGUGGUUAUAACGUGGUUAUAGGGCUGUUAUAACGUGGUUAUAGGGCUGUUAUAACGUGGUGGUUAUAGGGCUGUUAUAACGUGGUUAUAGUGGUUAUAACGUGGUUAUAGGGCUGUUAUAACGUGGUGGUUAUAGGGCUGUUAUAACGUGGUUAUAGUGGUUAUAACGUGGUUAUAGGGCUGUUAUAACGUGGUUAUAGGGCGGUUAUAACGUGGUUAUAGGGCUGUUAUAACGUCUCUCUGUCUUGUCCCCCAGUGAGCUAGACUACUAUGACUCCCCCAGUGUGAAUGCUCGAUGCCAGAGGAUAUGCGACCAAUGGGAUGCCCUAGGAGCCCUGACCCAGAAACGAAGCGAGGCCCUGCAGGUACUGAAGGAGGCCAGGGCCCAAGCCCCUCAGACGGGCUCAAAGGAAUGGCUGUCCAAUACUGACUAUAUUAAAUAUUUGAUUCAUUUAUUUGACUGGGACCAUGUACUAUAAACAUUGCCCCAGCUUUGAGCUACAUAGGUCAUUCUCAUCUGAUGUCCUUGUGUUCAAUGCAGUCAAUUCACUUUCUUCUUGCUCCCAGCCUAACAAUGCACCGACUGUUUUCUUUCUCUCUCUCUCUCUCUCUCUCUGUGUGUCUGAAACAGAGAACUGAGAAGCUUCUGGAGACCAUAGACCAGUUAUAUCUCGAGUUUGCCAAACGAGCUGCUCCGUUCAACAACUGGAUGGAGGGCGCCAUGGAGGACCUGCAGGACACCUUCAUCGUCCACACCAUAGAGGAGAUUCAGGUUAGCGCACAUACACACACACACACAGAUUUAAAAACACAAUUCUUGGCAUGUUUUGAUCGUGUGUGUGCGGUUGUGUAUGCCUGUGUGUGUGCGUUUGUGUAUGCCUGUGUGUGUGUGUGUGUGUGUAUGCGUGUGUGUGUGUGUGUGUACUCCUGUGUGUGUUGUGGUGUGUAUGCCUGUGUUGUGUGUAUGCCUGUUGUGUGUUUGUGUAUGCCUGUGUGGUGUGUUUUGUUUGUGUAAUGCCUGUGUGUGUGUUGUGUGUGUUGUGUGUGUGUAUGCCUGUUGUGUGUGUGUGUGUGUGUGUAUGCCUUGUGUAUGAACUUGUGUGUGUGUGGUGUGUGGUGUGUUUUGUGCAUGCUGUGUGUGUGUGUGGUGUGUGUGUAUGCCUGUGUGGGGUGUGUGGUGUGUGUGUGUAUGCCGUGGUGUGUUUGUGUGUUGUGUGUGUGUGUGUGUGUGUGUUUUGUGGUGUGUAUGCUGUGUGGUUGUGUGUGUGUGUGUGUGUGUGUGUGUUGGUGUGAUGCUGUGUGUGUGUUUUGGGUGUGUUUUGGUGUUUUGUGUGUUUUGUGUGUUUCCUGGUGUGUGUGUGUGUGGGGUGUGUGUACUGUGUGGUGUGUGUGUGUUGUGUGUUGUUUUGCCUGUGUGUAUGACUUGUGUGUGUGGGGGUGUGUUUGUGUUUGUGUGUGUGUGUGUGUGUGUUUGUGCUGUGGUCCCUUUGUGUGGUGUGUGUCGUUGUAUGCCUGUGUGUGUGUGUGUUGUGUGUGUGUGGGGUGCUGUGUGGUAUGCUGUGUUGUGUGUGUGUGGUGUGUGUGUGUGUGUGCUGUGUGGGGUGUGUGUGUGGGUGUGUGUGUGUGUGUUGUGUGGUGUGGUGCCUGUGUGUAUGAUGGGUGUGUGUGGGUUGGUGUGUGUGUGUGUGCCUGUGUGUGUGUGUGGGGUGUGUGUGUGUGUGGUGUGUGUGGGGUGACUGUGGGUGGUGUGUGUGUGUGUGUGUGUGUGUGUGUGUGUGUGUAGCCUUUUUUGUGUGUGUAGCCUGUUGUGUGUAUGCCUGUGUGUGUGGUGGUGUGUGUGUAGGUGGGGUGUGUGUGUGUGUGUGUGUAUGCCGGUGUGUGUGUGCCGUUGUGUGUGUGUGUGUGUGUAUGUGUGUGUGUGUGUGUGUGUGUGUGUGUGUAUGCCUGUGUAUCUCUCUCUCUUUUCCCUCCCAGGGUCUCAGUACAGCCCAUGAGCAGUUUAAAGCCACUCUCCCUGAGGCGGAUAAGGAACGCGGUGCCAUCCUGGGCAUUCACAAUGAGAUCGCCAAGAUAGUGGCCACCUACCAUGUGAACAUGGCCGGCACCAACCCCUACACCACCAUCAACCCUCAGGAGAUCAACGCCAAGUGGGACAAGGUACAUUAGCAACUAGAGUCCGGUAACACUCCCAAAAGGUUCUCCAGAAAUCCUAGUUGGAGGAUUCCUGGACUUAUUAGCAUCGCAUCGGGUGUUAAACCUCACCAGGUGACCUAGGUACAUUUUACAUUUUAGUCAUUUAGCAGAUGCUCUUAUCCAGAGCGACUUACAGUUAGUGAGUGCAUACAUUUUUUAAUACUGUACCAUCUAGUGUCCGGGUGUUAAACCUCACCAGGUGACCUAGGUAGAGCUGGUACUUAGGUAGCAGAGGGUGAGAUAAAACGAGCCAUCAUGGCUCUAACUAGGUGUUUGUCCCCUUGUCUGUCACCCCCCCCCCCCCCCAGGUGAGACAGCUGGUGCCCCAGAGGGACCAGGCUCUGAUCGAAGAGCACGCCCGGCAGCAGAACAACGAGCGUCUCCGCAGGCAGUUCGCCAACCAGGCCAACGUCAUCGGGCCCUGGAUCCAGACCAAGAUGGAGGUCAGUCCACACACUUUCUCCUAGACCUAACCCCCUGAGCUCUAACCUUUACCCCUAACCCAACCAGGCCAACGUCGUCGGGCCCUGGAUCCAAACCAAAAUGGAGGUGACCCAGAGUAGAGAACCAGAAUGUUCUAUUAAUUAUUUUUCUAUGGUCCAAAGUCCAGGCAGAGCAGAGCAGAGAUUACCAUUAGUACUGGUAUUAGAACUUACUGUCUCCAAAGGUUCCUUUGAGGGAUUUUCAUCAAUAUCAGAACACUGCACUGUAAUGUCCUGUAAUGUUGUAGUCUGGACUUGGACUCAGAAUAAAGGACUCUGAAUGCUAGGGACCUGUGACUGGACUUGGACUCAGAAUAAAGGACUCUGAAUGCUAGGGACCUGUGACUGGACUUGCACUCAGAAUAAAGGACUCUGAAUGCUAGGGACCUGUGACUGGACUUGGACUUGAGGUUUAGUGACUUGACUACAACACUGGUAUCCUGGCUGUACAACCCACAUCUCAUAUUACCAGACCCUGCCAUCCGGCUGGAAGGACCACAAUGAAAAAGUGUGCCACCUCAUAGGGUCUCAGAGAGAGGUGCUGGUUUAGAUAGGAGCGGUCAGCCUGGGGCCCGGGUUAGAGGUGAGAUGAUGACCGGUAGGAGACAGACGAGAGCAGUUUUGGUUCUUUGUUCUCAUGCCUGUUUUUCACAAACCAAUUCAAACAGUUUCUGUUCUCUAGUCUCAAGUCUCUCCAGUUGGGUUUUAACCCUCCCUCUCCUAUGGAUGUUUUCAUACUCAGCAGAAUGGUUUAACUCAAACAUUCUCUCUAUUCUACAUUUUAGUCAUUUUAGCAGACGCUCUUAUCCAGAGAGACUUACAGUUAGUGAGUGCAUACAUUUUUCAUACUGGUCCCCCCGUGGGAAUCGAACCCACAACCCUGGCGUUGCAAGCGCCAUGCUCUACCAACUGAGCUACACGGUUCUCCAGUUGGUUUUUGCUGAACCCCCCUCCUCCUCCAUGUUUCUCUGUCUGUAGGAGAUUGGUCGUAUCUCCAUCGAGAUGCACGGAACCCUGGAGGAUCAGCUGACCCACCUCCGCCAAUACGAGAAGAACAUUGUCAACUACAAGCCAAAGAUCGACCAAUUGGAGGGAGACCACCAGCUGAUUCAGGAAGCUCUCAUCUUCGACAACAAGCACACAAACUACACCAUGGAGGUAAUAAAGUCCAUUAUAUUUCUAUCUAUUUAUUAUGGAUCCCCAUUAGUUCCUGCCAAGGCAGCAGCUACUCUUCCUGGGGUUUAUUAUGGAUCCCCAUUAGUUCCUGCCAAGGCAGCAGCUACUCUUCCUGGGGUUUAUUAUGGAUCCCCAUUAGUUCCUGCCAAGGCAGCAGCUACUCUUCCUGGGGUUUAUAAUAAUAAUAAUAUAAUAAUAAUAAUAUGCCAUUUAGCAGACGCUUUUAUCCAAAGCGACUUACAGUCAUGCGUGCAUACAUUUUUUUGUGUGUAUGGGUGGUCCCGGGGAUCGAACCCACUACCUUGGCGUUACAAGCGCCGUGCUCUACCAGCUGAGCUACAGAGGACCACGUUUAUUAUGGAUCCCCAUUAGUUCCUGCCAAGGCAGCAGCUACUCUUCCUGGGGUUUAUUAUAGAUCCCCAUUAGUUCCUGCCAAGGCAGCAGCUACUCUUCCUGGGGUUUAUUAUGGAUCCCCAUUAGUUCCUGCCAAGGCAGCAGCUACUCUUCCUGGGGUUUAUUAUGGAUCCCCAUUAGUUCCUGUCAAGGCAGCAGCUACUCUUCCUGGGGGUUUAUUAUGGAUCCCCAUUAGUUCCUGCCAAGGCAGCAGCUACUCUUCCUGGGGUUUAUUAUGGAUCCCCAUUAGUUCCUGCCAAGGCAGCAGCUACUCUUCCUGGGGUUUAUUAUGGAUCCCCAUUAGUUCCUGCCAAGGCAGCAGCUACUCUUCCUGGGGUUAAUUAUGGAUCCCCAUUAGUUCCUGCCAAGGCAGCAGCUACUCUUCCUGGGGUUUAUUAUGGAUCCCCAUUAGUUCCUGCCAAGGCAGCAGCUACUCUUCCUGGGGUUUAUUAUGGAUCCCCAUUAGUUCCUGCCAAAGCAGCAGCUACUCUUCCUGGGGGUUUAUUACCGAUCCCCAUUAGUUCCUGCCAAGGCAGCAGCUACUCUUCCUGUGGUUUAUUAUGGAUCCCCAUUAGUUCCUGCCAAGGCAGCAGCUACUCUUCCUGGGGUUUAUUAUGGAUCCCCAUUAGUUCCUGCCAAGGCAGCAGCUACUCUUCCUGGGGUUUAUUAUGGAUCCCCAUUAGUUCCUGCCAAGGCAGCAGCUACUCUUCCUGGGGUUUAUUAUGGAUCCCCAUUAGUUUCCUGCCAAGGCAGCAGCUACUCUUCCUGGGGUUUAUUAUGGAUCCCCAUUAGUUUCCUGCCAAGGCAGCAGCUACUCUUCCUGGGGUUUAUUAUGGAUCCCCAUUAGUUCCUGCCAAGGCAGCAGCUACUCUUCCUGGGGUUUAUUAUGGAUCCCCAUUAGUUCCUGCCAAGGCAACAGCUACUCUUCCUGGGGUCCGGCAAAAUUAAGGCAGUUAUAACAAUUUUAAAACAUUACAAUACAUUCAUUACAGAAUUCACAACACACUAAGUGUGUGCCCUCAGGCCCAUACUCCACUACCACAUAUCUACAACACAAAAUCCAUGUGUACGUGUGUGUAUAGUGUAUAGUGUGUAUGCAUGUGUCUAUACCCUUGUGUGUGUCUCUUCACAGUCCCCGCUGUUCCAUAAGGUGUAUUUUUAUCUGUUUGCAUCAGUUACCUGAUGUGGAAUAGAGUUCCAUGUAGUCAUGGCUCUAUGUAGUGCUGUGUGCCUCCCAUAGUCUGUUCUGGACUUGGGGACUGUGAAGAGACCUCUGGUGGCAUGUCUUGUGGGGAAUGCAUGGGUGUCUGAGCUGUGUGCCAGUCGUUUAAACAGACAGCUCGGUGCUUUCAACAUGUCAAUGCCUCUCACAAAUAUCCACCAUACUGGGAACAAUGUUUGCUUUGACAUAUCGAGAUCGGGUACAAUUCUUAUUGACAACUAGAGAACCUUCAGAAUACGUUUUUGAAUGUGUGACCUUACGAUGACAAUCUUGGGUCUUACCCCCCCCCUGCAGCAUAUCCGUGUGGGCUGGGAGCAGCUCCUGACCACCAUCGCCAGAACCAUCAAUGAGAUCGAGAACCAGAUUCUGACGAGGGACGCCAAGGGCAUCAGCCAGGACCAGAUGAACGAGUUCAGAGCCUCCUUCAACCACUUCGACAGGGUCAGUUUCACAGAGAAUGCAGGGAGGAAGAGGUUUUACAGUACACUCAUUGUCUACCUACUAAAUAGUAGGGAUCGGAAUAUUUUUAUAAACAAUGCGUUUUCCACAUAUGUAGGCCACAUCAGCAAAGCCAGGAGGUUGAGGUAAGAGAGGAUAGUUUGUUGUGGGUCAUUGGACCAUGUUAAUCCUCUCAUAUAGUGGGACUAACAAACUAGGGGACUUAUGAAGGGUUUGUUUUUGCAUCAUGUAGAUAAUCAGUGUUGACCAACUGAUAACAUCGAUAGUGGUGUUGAACUAAUUUAAGUUGAUCUAUUUGUUGAUGAAGAGAAAUGUGAGUAUAUGAGGGGAGAGGAUAAGAUCACCUUACUCCUACUCCACUGAUGGGAGCAAACCUCAGGACACCAAAUAUACUGUUCCUCUCAGAAGACAUUCUCCCUAGCUUUUUGAAGCCCCUAGCCCCCAUCCGUCCCACUUCUCCACCCCCUCCCUUCCUCUCUCCCCUCCCUUCCUUUCCUCCCCCCUCCUCCCUCUCCUCCUCCCCUCCCCCUCCCCUCCCCUCCUAUCCUCUCCCCCCCCCCACCUCCUCCCAGACCACAGUGUUUACAUCAGUAGCUCAGUAUCAAGAACAGAACACCUCCUAUUAUGGAUGGAUGGAGGAGUUUUUAUUUAUCUUACACACUUCUCCUCCCCUCCUCCUCCCCUUCUCCUCCCCUCCUCCUCCCCUUCUCCUCCCCUUCUCCUCCCCUUCUCCUCCCCUCCUCCUCCUUCCUACACUCCUCCAUAUCCCCAACCGAGCCUUGAUAGCUAGACUCCACCAUUACAUUUCUCCAUGACCUCAUGCAUUCUUCCAUAGCCACCCCUAUUGUUCAUCAGUCAAUAGCCUCAGUCAGUAACUGUGGAAGGAGUCCUAAGGGGAAACGGUUCUAGUGUCGUGUCUUUCUAUUCUUGGGGAUAUCUGUCACGUUUUUCCACUCUGUCACCAUGAGGCAGCAUUUAAUACAAAUCCAUUUUUUUAGGGCAGUUAUGAGUUAAUGAGGUUUUCUCUUUGAUGUGGAGUCUAUUGGAGACAGAUAUGUAAGGACAACUUUUCCCUGAGACAUGGCUGUAGAGUGUAUCCAUCCCUAUGGCGUUACGAGGUUUUACAGUCACGUCUCAGACUAAGGGGAAAAUAUGUGCUAUGCCCGGGUUUCCCAAACUAUGACGUAUGAAUGAUAGCCUGUCGCAUACCAUUACACAAGGCCCUGUACUGUAAAGUCUGCCUGCCACACUGUACCGAACACCUCUGAAUGAAUGUCCUGUCACUGGCCAAACACAGCAGUGUGUCACAGCUACAGCUCCUCACUGUAAGGUCCUAACGUUUGUACACUGUUGUGUUCUCUGUCUCUUCUUGUGCAUGGCCCCAACCCCUUAUCAACCACCCACCCCUAUCCCCCAACCCCUUAUCAACCACCCACCCCAUCCCAUCCCCGACCCCUUAUCAACCACCCACCCCUAUCCCCAACCCCUUAUCAACCAUCCACCCCUAUCCCCAACCCCUUAUCAACCAUCCACCCCUAUCCCCAACCCCUUAUCAACCAUCCCACCCCAUCCCCAACCCCUUAAUCACCAUCCCCUACACCCCCCUAUCCCCAACCCCUUAUCAACCAUCCACCCAUAUCCCCAACCCUUAUAAACCAUCCACCCCUAUCCCCAACCCCUUAUCAACCAUCCACCCCUAACCCCAACCCCUUAUCAACCAUCCACCCCUAUCUCCAACCCCUUAUCAACCAUCCACCCCUAUUCCCAACCCCUUAUCAACGUCCACCCAUAUCCCCAACUCCUUAUCAACCAUCCACCCCAUCCCCGACCCCUAUCAACCACCCACCCCUAUCCCCGACCCCUUAUCAACCAUCCACCCCUAUCCCGACCCCUUAUCAACAACAUCCACCCCUAUCCCCAACCCCUUAUCAACCAUCCACCCCUAUCCCCCGACCCCUUAUCAACCACCCACCCCUAUCCCCAACCCCUUAUCAACCAUCCACCCCUAUCCCCGACCCCUUAUCAACCAUCCACCCCUAUCCCCAACCCCUUAUAACCAUCCACCCCUAUCCCCAACCCCUUAUCAACCCCACCCCCUAUCCCCAACCCCUUAUCAACCAUCAACCAUCCACCCCUAUCUCCGACCCCUUAUCAACCAUCCACCCCUAUCCCCAACCCCUUAUCAACCAUCCACCCCUAUCCCCAACCCCUUAUCAACCAUCCACCCCUAUCCCCAACCCCUUAUCAACCAUCCACCCCUAUCCCCAACCCCUUAUCAACCAUCCCCCCCUAUCCCCGACCCCUUAUCAACCAUCCACCCAUCCCCGACCCCUUAUCAACCAUCCACCCCUAUCCCCGACCCCUUAUCAAACCAUCCACCCCUGUCCCCAACCCCUUAUCAACCAUCCACCCCUAUCCCCAACCCCUUAUCAACCAUCCACCCCAUCCCCGACCCCUUAUCAACCAUCCACCCCUAUCCCCAACCCCUUAUCAACCAUCCACCCAUAUCCCCGACCCCUUAUCAACCAUCCACCCCUAUCCCCGACCCCUUAUCAACCAUCCACCCCUAUCCCCGACCCCUUAUCAACCAUCCACCCCUAUCCCCAACCCCUUAUCACCUCCACCCCUAUCCCCGACCCCCUUAUCAACCAUCCACCCCUAUUCCCAACCCCUUAUCAACCAUCCACCCUAUCCCCCCAAACCCCUUAUAACACAUCCACCCCUAUCCCACCCCUUAUCAACCAUCCACCCCAUCCCCCCCUACCCCCCCCCUCCCCCCUUUCAAAUCCACCCUACCCCCCCUAUCAUCCACCCCUAUCCCCUCAACCCCCUUUCAUUCCCCCCUAUCCCGACCCCUUUAACACCACCCAUCCACCCCUUAUCACCAUCACCCAACCCCAACCCCUAUCCUAUCCCCCCUACCCACCCUUCAACCAGUCCACCUCCUACCCAAACCCCCCCCCCCUUUUCAAACACCCCUUUACCUCCGUAUCCACCCACCUUGACACCCCCCCAUGCCCCACUGACACCUCUGAACAACCCUCCAUGUGUCUGUGCUCUGAAUUGCCCCCUGCUACUGACACCCCUCCACACCUGCCCUACCUGGCUUGUUCCCUGUUUACCCGCCCUCCUUUUUCCCCCCCUCCCUCAAUGGCCCUCCUACCCACCUGCUACCCCAGCCAUCGGCCUCUGGGCUAAUCCCUGCCUGAUCACUUUAUUCCCUACGUGCACCUCUAACACAUCCCCCUCUACCCUAACAAUUGUUUGUCCUCUUUUUUUACCCCCCUCUAUCCCCCCUCUACCUCAUGUAUUCCCUGUACCCCCUCUAUCCCCUCUAACCUCAAUUUAUUCCCUGUACCCCCCUCUAUCACCCCCUCUACCUCAAUGUAUUCCCUGUACCCCCCCUCUAUCCCCCCCCUCUACCCCCAUGUAUUUCCCUGUACCCCCCUCUAUCCCCCCCUCUACCUCAAUUAUUCCCUGUACCCCCCCCUUCCCCCCUCUACCUCAAUGUAUUCCCUGUACCCCUCUAUCCCCCCUCUACCCAAUGUACCUAUUCCCUCUACCUUUCCUGUACCCCCUCUAUCCCCCUCCUACCUCAAUGUAUUCCCUGUAACCCCCCUCUUCCCCCUCAAACCUCAUUGUAUUCCCUGACCCCCCUCUAUCCCCCCUCUACCUCAAUGUAUUCCCUGUACCCCCUCUUCCCCUCUACCUAAAUUUGUAUUCCUGUACCCCCUCUAUCCCCCCUCUACCUCAAUGUAUUCCCUGUACCCCCUCUAUCCCCCCUCUACCUCAAUUAUUCCCUGUACCCCCUCUAUACCCCCCUCUACCUCAAUGUAUUCCCUGUACCCCCCCCUCUAUCCCCCCUCUACCUCAAUGUAUUCCCUGUACCCCCUUUAAUCCCCCUAUACCUCAAUGUAUUCCCUGUACCCCCCCCUCUAUCCCCCCCUCAAACUCAAUGUUUCCCUUACCCCCCUUCUAUCCCCCUCUACCUCAAUGUAUUCCCCUGUACCCCCCUCUUACCCCCUCAUCAAUUAUUCCCUGUACCCCCUCUAUCCCCCUCUACCUCAAUGUAUUCCCUGUACCCCCCUCUAUUCCCCCUCUACCUCAAUGUAUUCCCUGUACCCCCCCUCUAUCCCCCCUCUACCUCAAUGUAUUCCUGUCCCACCCCUUCUAUCCCCCUCUACCUCAAUGUAUUCCCUGUACCCCCCUCUAUCCCCCUCAAACCUCAUGUAUUUCCCUGUACCCCCCUUCUAUCCCCCCUCUACCUCAAUGUAUUCCCUGUACCCCCUCUAUCCCCCUCUACCUCAAUGUAUUCCCUGUACCCCCUCUAUCCCCCCUCAAACCUCAAUGUAUUCCCUGUACCCCCCUUCUAUCCCCCUCUACCUCAAUGUAUUCCCUGUACCCACCCUCUAUCCCCCCUCUACCUCAAUGUAUUCCCUGUACCCCUCUAUACCCCCUCUACCUCAAGUAUUCCCUGUACCCCCCUCUAUCCCCCCUCUACCUCAAUGUAUUCCUGUACCCCCUUUAUCUCCCCUCUACCUCAUGUAUUCCCUGUCCCCCUCUAUCCCCCUCUACCUCAAUUUUCCCGUACCCCCCUUUCUAUCCCCCCUACUCAAUGUAUUCCCUGUACCCCCCUCUAUCCCCCCUCUACCUCAAUGUAUUCCCUGUACCCCCCUCUAUCCCCCCUCUAACCUCAAUGUAUUCCCUGUACCCCCCUCUAUCCCCUCUACCUAAAUGUAUUCCCUGUACCCCCCCUCUAUCCCCCUCUACCUUCAAUGUAUUCCCUGUACCCCCCUCUAUCCCCCCUCUACCUCAAUGUAUUCCCUGUACCCACCCUCAUCCCCCCUACCUCAAUGUAUUCCCUGUCCCCCUCUAUCCCCCCUCUACCUCAAUGUAUUCCCUGUACCCAACCCCCCUCUAUCCCCCCUCUACCCAAGUAUUCCCUGACCCCCCUCUAUCCCCCCUCUACCUCAAUGUAUCCCUUACCCCCUCUAUCCCCCUCUACCUCAAUGUAUUCCCUGUACCCCCCUCUCUAUCCCCCCUCUACCUCAAUGUAUUCCCUGUACCCCCCUCUAUCCCCCCUCUACCUCAAUGUAUUCCCCUGUACCCCCUCUAUCUCCCCCUCUACCCUCCCCAUGUAUUCCCUGUACCCCCCUCUAUCACCCUCUACCCAACUACCUCAAUGUCUUCCCUGUACCCCCCUCUAUCCCCCCCUCUACCCUCAAUGUAUUCCCCCCCUGUACCCCCCCUCAUGAUCCCCCCCCUCUAUCCCCCCUCUACCUCAAUGUAUUCCUGUACCCCCUCUAUCCUCCCUCUAACCUCAAUGUAUUCCCUGUACCCCCCUCUAUCCCCCUCUAUUUCAAUGUAUUCCCUGUACCCCCCCCUAUCCCCCUCUACCUCAAUGUAUUCCCUGUACCCCCCUCUAUCCCCCCUCUACCUCAAUGUAUUCCCUGUACCCCCUCUAUCCCCCCUCUACCUCAAUGUAUUCCCUGUACCCCCUCUAUCCCCCCUCUACCUCAAUGUAUUCCCUGUACCCCCCUCUAUCCCCCCUCUACCUCAAUGUAUUCCCUGUACCCCCCUCUCUCCCCCCUCUACCUCAAUUCUUCUUCUUCUUCUUCUUAAUGUCCACCUGGAUACCUGUGACAUCCCUAUCCUACUCCAUUUCUCCCCCAAACCUCCUCUUCCACCUUUCAAUCUGCUCCUCCUUCGUUCUUCGUCCUCCGUACUGUUUGUCCCUCUCUGGUACCUGUAGAAGAAAACAGGGAUGAUGGAAGCGGAAGACUUCAAAACCUGCCUUAUCUCCCUCGGUUACAACAUGGUAAAGCCAAACCACCCGUUCCAUCCCGCCCUCUGUCAAGUACCCUCCUAUGAACCUAUGAACGUAUGAACGUAGCAAUAUGUGUCUGCCUUGUAGUCCUUUGUGGAAAGGUAACAACUGUUCACUCGUCUCUUCAAGAUCAGUCUACAUUUAUUUGGAAACAAAACGGUCCACCAAUCACCAUCGGAUUGAUAGAUAACCAGAAAACAUGUCUGAUCUCUCAUUUACAGUAUAGACAUUCUACUUUGUUUACUGUCUGUAUUGCCUGGUCCCAGUCACAUCUGUUUGUGCUGUCGUACAAUGGGUCCCUAUGGGGACCUGGUUAAAAGUAGUCCACUAUAUUAUAGGGAAUAGUGUACCAUUUGGGACACAGUCUAUACUCACCUUUAUGUGAAAGCUCCAUCUGCUAACUGCAGAAUGUGAUGUGAUGCUUGCAGUGUGUUUGCUUGUUGCUCUGGCGACGGUCCCCAUGGUGAUAGUGUUCCAUGGCUCCUGUCCAAUAGGGUGAAGCGGAAUUCUCUCGCAUCAUGAGCAUCGUCGAUCCCAACCGGGUGGGCGUGGUCACGUUCCAGUCCUUUAUUGACUUCAUGUCCCGGGAGACGGCCGAUACUGACACCGCUGACCAGGUCAUUGCCUCCUUCAAGGUCCUGGCUGGGGACAAGGUAAUCAUAUACAUUUAUCAACUAUUCAAUUAAUCAAGCUAGCAAGCAAGCAAUCAAAUCAAUCAGUCAAUCAAUCAAUCAGUCAAUCAAUCAGUCAGUUUAGUCAUUCAAUCAAUAAAUCAAAUGCAUUCUUAAAGCCCUUUUCAUCAACAGUUGCCAACUGACUCACCCUAGUCCAAAUAGUUUAUAUUUCUUUAUAAAGCAACCCAGCAAGCACAACCAAAAAUAUGUAUUUUCGAUGUCUUUUCAUUGUCUUGUGCUCAUUGGGAAGAGAUGGGUUAAUAAGGAAGAAGAAUACACAAUAUGAAAGGAAAAGGAAGACAGACAGCAGAUCUACAAGCUAGGGCUGUUUUCCAGUCACAUCCAUUGUCUUGCUUGACUUUCAGCUUGAUCUCUGUGAGCGUUUGAUUAUGUCUCUCCAGAAGUCCAUUGCUCCAUGGACUGUAUGCAGCAGUUGGCUUUACCUCCAUGUUGAAUGUCUUAUUUCAUUAAUUCAUUGAAUUCUCCUCAAUUGUCACUGUGCAAUUUCUGGGACGGGCCAUGCACACUUAUCCAGGAGUGAAUGAAGUGCUUGACGAUUUUUCACGGGGUGUCUUUUGUAUUCACAAUGCUUCCAGCGCUGAAGUGUGUGAUGUGGUGGAUUAUGUGAAGGUACCGCACACACUUGGUCCUAGCUCAUCUGGCAGGGCUAUACGGUCAAUACAGACGGAAACAUCAAACAUUACAUCCUCAUUUACUAUUCUUGCCUUCUUCUGUCCCCUUACACCAGAACUUCAUCAUGGCCGAUGAGCUUCGUCGUGAGUUGCCUCCUGAUCAGGCAGAUUACUGCAUCGCACGCAUGGCGCCCUACUCCGGCACCGACGCCGUACCCGGCGCCCUGGACUACAUGUCCUUCUCCACCGCACUCUACGGAGAGAGUGACCUC